GAAAGAUUUUUCUUUAUUAAAGCUUUUGUCUCUCUCUCUAUAUCAUUUCUUUCUUGUUCUUGUUUGCAUCCAGAAAACAAAAGAAUGAAACUGUUUGCUUCAUAAUGUCAUCUUUGGUUUUUCUUGUUCAUUGAAGGGUCGAGUUUUGGUCUGAGAAAAGAAGAGAGAGAGAGAGAGAUAGGGAAAGAGGCAAAAGCCCCACAAGAGAGACAUGCUUGUCUGUGUGUAGUCCCUUUAAUGGAUGUUCUUUAAUCUCUCACACUCUCUUCUGUUCUGUUUUUGUCAUGUGUAAGAGUUUUGUCCUUUUUAACCAAUAAAAAAAUUAACAGAUUCUAUGAAAUGGAUUUGUCUUUAAUUCUUCUGCUUUCUUGAUUUAUCUUGUAGCCUGUUUGCUCAAUAAGGCUCUUUGUCUCUUCUUGGGUCAAAAAAAAAAAAUUAGGACUUUGUGAGGAAAAAUAAUCUUACUCUAGCUUAGAAGCCUAGUGUUAAGUGUGGGAGAGACCAAACAGAAUGUCUUCAUUGGCUUGCGUUGAGGACAAGAUGAAAACAAAUGGUUUGGUUAAUGGAGGAGGAACAACAGCAACUUCACAAUCUAGUCUGCUUGAAGAGAUGAAGCUGUUAAAAGACCAGUCAGGAACGAGAAAGCCGGUGAUAAACUCUAUGCUAUGGCACGCUUGUGCAGGCCCUCUUGUUUCUCUCCCUCAAGUUGGUAGCUUAGUGUAUUACUUCUCACAAGGUCAUAGUGAACAGGUUUCUGUUUCAACCAGAAGAUCAGCAACAACCCAAGUUCCUAACUAUCCAAAUCUUCCAUCUCAGUUGAUGUGCCAAGUCCAUAAUGUCACCCUUCAUGCAGACAAAGACAGCGACGAAAUCUAUGCUCAGAUGAGUCUACAACCUGUUCACUCUGAGAGAGAUGUGUUACCUGUACCAGACUUUGGACUAUUAAGAGGAAGCAAGCACCCAUCUGAGUAUUUCUGCAAAACGCUUACUGCAAGUGAUACAAGCACACAUGGAGGUUUCUCCGUCCCACGUAGAGCUGCAGAGAAGCUAUUUCCACCGUUGGACUACACAGCACAGCCACCAACGCAGGAGCUUGUAGUUCGAGAUCUUCAUGAGAAUACUUGGACGUUUCGCCAUAUCUACCGAGGACAACCAAAGAGACAUCUCCUAACAACAGGGUGGAGUUUGUUUGUCGGCUCAAAGAGAUUGAGAGCUGGAGAUUCCGUCUUGUUCAUAAGAGAUGAGAAGUCGCAGCUGAUGGUUGGUGUGAGGCGAGCUAACCGGCAACAAACAGCACUUCCUUCAUCAGUUCUCUCAGCGGACAGCAUGCACAUUGGUGUUCUUGCUGCUGCGGCUCACGCAACUGCAAACCGCACUCCUUUCUUGAUUUUCUUUAAUCCAAGAGCGUGUCCAGCAGAGUUUGUGAUCCCUCUAGCUAAGUACCGUAAGGCAAUAUGUGGAUCUCAGCUGUCAGUUGGUAUGAGGUUUGGAAUGAUGUUUGAAACUGAAGAUUCAGGGAAACGCAGAUACAUGGGAACCAUUGUUGGAAUCAGCGACUUGGAUCCAUUGAGAUGGCCUGGCUCUAAGUGGCGUAACCUUCAAGUUGAAUGGGAUGAGCCUGGAUGUAAUGAUAAGCCUACUAGGGUUAGUCCAUGGGAUAUUGAAACACCUGAAAGUCUCUUCAUCUUUCCUUCACUCACCUCAGGACUCAAACGCCAGUUCCAUCCAUCUUACUUUGCUGGGGAAACCGAAUGGGGUAGCUUGAUCAAACGGCCUCUUACAAACGGGGUUGUGCCUUAUGCAUCAUUUCCAAACAUGGCUUCAGAGCAGCUUAUGAAAAUGAUGAUGAUGAGACCUCACAACAACCAAAAUGUUGUAACGUCUUUCAUGUCUGAGAUGCAGCAGAAUGUUUUGAUGGGGCAUGGAGGUUGUUUACUAGGAGAUGUGAACAUGCAGCAGCAACCAAUGGUGAUGAACCAGGUGGUGCAAAACAACAAUCCUUCUGUUUCCAAUACUAGUGGCCAAGAACAGAACCUGUCACAGAGUAUUAUGAAUCCUCCUACAAAUACUGAAAGCAGCUCUGGGAGAGUCAAUCAUGGAAACAAGGAGCAGUCAAAAGAACAGGCUAGAGUGUGUAAUGAGGAAAAGGUUAAUGAGCUGAUUCAAAAACCAAGUGGCUUGUCUCCUUUACAAGCUGCUGAUCCAUGUCCUGAACAGAUAUACCCACCACAACAGUCUGAUCCAGUAAAUGGAUUCUCUUUCCUGGAAACGGAAGAGCUGACAUCACAAGUCUCUCCCUUCCAGUCUCUUGCCGGAUCUUACAAGCAACCACUGAUGCUAUCCUCCAACGAGUCUUCACCCGUUGUGCUACCUGAUUCAACAAACUCACCGCUGUUUCAGGAUGUGUGGGACAAUCAGCUAAACGGUCUGAAGUUUGACCAGUUCAGUCCCUUGAUGCAGCAAGACCUUUAUGGUGGUUGUCAGAACAUGUGUAUGAGUAAUAGCACAAACAGCAACAUUCUAGAUACUCCUCCUCCACUCUCCAACACAGUUCUUGAUGACUUCUGUGCCAUCAAAGAAACCGAGUUCAAUUGUUUGGUCGGGAACAACAACAACAACAACAACAACAAUAACAGUUUUGCUCAAGAUGUGCAGUCGCAGAUCACAUCUGCUAGCUUUGCAGAAUCACAGGCCUUGUCUCGCCAAGAUAACUCUGGAGGAACUGGUGGUACAUCUUCAAGCAAUGUUGAUUUUGAUGAUACUAGUCUGCUGCAGCAGCAGAAUAAUAGUAAAGGCUCAUGGCAGAAACUUGCAACGCCCCGUGUCCGAACUUACACUAAGGUCCAAAAAACCGGGUCAGUUGGGAGGUCAAUUGAUGUAACAAGCUUCAGGGACUAUGAAGAGCUAAAGUCUGCAAUUGAGUGCAUGUUUGGACUUGAAGGACUGCUCACUCGCCCGCAAAGCUCGGGAUGGAAGCUUGUAUAUGUUGAUUAUGAGAGUGAUGUUCUUCUUGUAGGAGAUGAUCCAUGGGAGGAGUUUGUGGGAUGUGUAAGGUGCAUAAAGAUACUUUCGCCAACAGAGGUUCAGCAGAUGAGUGAAGAAGGAAUGAAGCUUCUGAACAGCGCAUGCAUUAACGAUCUCAAGACUUAAUUUAUAGGAGAACCAUCUUGUUGUAAUCAAUUGAUGUGUUGUUCCGAUUUGAAACCUGCAAACUAUUUUAAGAUUAUGUAGUGAGUGAUGAAUGAAUCAAUAGUUCAACUUCAAACUGUCUGAAACUAGAAACUUUGUUGUGAUAAUUAGAAAUUCCGUUUUACUUCAAUUAUAUUAAUCUUCAUGAAAUAAUUUUAUCU